AUGUUGGGUCCUGUGACAUCGAGAAUUUUGGGGCAAAAUGUGAUGAAAAACUUUAUAAGGAACGGCUCCCACGGCGGUGUCCCGGGAGAGAACCUUCCCUUCAACAUCCACAACCGCACUCGUCUCACGAUCAAUUUCUUAUUGUUCGCGCUGACCGGCAUCUCGUCACCCUUCCUCAUAGUCAUGUACCAGAUGAAGAAGAAGUAA